AUAUGAUAUUAUACGUUGAGAUCUCUCUUUUGCAUUCCUAACAUACCCAGUCUUUCACAUUUAUUUGUAAUGCUUCUAACUGAUGCGCUAUUUUAAAAGAAGGAAUGACUUGGAGAGUAUGACCAUAGUUCAAUGUGAUGCUUUACUGGUUUUCUGAAACCUGUGGUUUGUGUUUUUGUACACUGUCUUCUAAUUGUUGAGUUAUUUAAGCAACUUGAAGCCUCCUAUAUGAAUUUCAAAACUUGGUCUGCAGAUGAAGGAAGAUAACAAUGAAGUCACUUUGAAGACAAGGAUUUUAUCUCUUGAGUUUCUGCAGGUUAUAUUAAAGAUUAUUUGUGAUUUUAAGUGCAUGCUUUUAUGGAUAGAUGCUUACAUACAAAGUAGCUAAUACUGUUAAAUAACUUGAAAGUUUUAUUUAAAAGUAAUUUCUUGAACUUAUUAAGUAUGAGCUUCCUCUUUCUAAGACUAUGGAUGCAGAAAGGAAGAUAUGUAUAAUCCAUGAAGAGACUUCCUAUUCAUUGACUUAUAUAAGGAGCUUUCCUUUCACUUAUUUUCAGUGUUUUUUGAAUAAUAUGAUUUAUUACUUGGUCUUUCAGGGUUUGUUGGAAGGAGUUGGUCAUCCAUUUACUAGGAACUUCCAUUUUAUUGAUUCACUGAAAGCAUACCUAUCAAUCUAUCAUAUGCUUUGUUGCUAGCUUCAAUUUCGCCGUCCCCUAUCAUAUUACAGUAUGCAACUAGAAUUUUGUUGCGGUUCAGAGAAAGUCUCAAGGUGAGUCUAUGAUCUAUACAAAUAGUUACAAAAAUUACCUUGACAUACUAUGUUCUUUACGCCAACAAUUUUUAUUCAAGGUGAAAUAUGCAUUUUCUUUCCUUUGAUAGUUCUCCGGUCCCUGGAUGGUUUGGAUUUACCCAUGAACCAAAAAAAUGAGUGUCCUUAGGAUGGUUGAAAAGGUUUGCAAGGAUCAUCAGAUGCUUGUUGACAUAUUUGUGAACUAUGACUGCGAUCUUGAGGCACUGAACUUGUUUGAGCGGAUGAAUAUCUCAAGGGAUGCAAAAUGCAGAUCCAAUAUGGCUGUUGCGUCCCAGACUACUUCAAUAAAGGGUUCGUCUCUUCUGUGUCUUGUGAAUGUGCUUAAAUCACUCGUAGAUUGGGAAAAGUCAUGUGGAGAACCAGAUAGAAUAAAAACAUUCAGUCUUUGGAAGGAGAUGCUUCAACUAAAGAGUGUUGAUGUGAAAAGCAGGCAAGAUGCAACCAUUAACUUUGAGAAGGCAAAAGCUCAUAAGUCUACAGUGGAAUCUGUCAUAUUUGAGGUGGAAUAAAGUGAUGUUGUAUUACUAAUACUUUUGUAUGUCAAGUGCAUUUUUAU